CACAGCUCUAAGACGUGUAUGAUCGUUUCGUGUUUCCUUCCACUUACGGUGCGCUCGCUAACAUUUAUUUACAGUGGUUGUAAUCCUUGGAAAAAACGCGUGGGUGUUCGAGUGUUGAGUGAUCUUAUUUGUAAAUAAAAGUGAUCCACAUUCUACUCAUUCGCCAUUUCACCCUCGUUUCAUUGUUGUCAGCUUAACUUACUUUGUUAUUAUUAAAUUUUGUAUCUGGCAAACGUUUUGCUUGGAUGGUGCCAACGAGAAGGUAGUUUAGCCGAGUCCACGCUCCUGAGUUUCGUUUAAUCGAUCGACUGGACUGAGUAAAUAAGUAAAUGCUGGAAUACAAUUUGGCACCAUCACAAUCAGACGACAGAGCUCCAAGCGUAACUAUAUGAUGUGAGAGAAACAAAGUAUUGAAUCCUUGAGGAAGUGGGCGUGGGGUGUUGGCGAUGGAGUCGGGACCAAAACAGGGCGCUUGUCCCAUCACUGGACAAACCACAGGUAUCACCGGUGGACAGCCCCAAGUACCUCAGGGUCAGGAUUCAGCUAACGAGACUGGACCCGUUGAGGAUGGCGUACUACUCGCCCGCGUCCACGUACCCGAACUCUACGUUAGCAAGUGUCUUCAAUUCCCCAAGGAUCAGCUCGUGUGGGAUGUUAAGCAGCAGUGCCUGGCAUCCUUACCAAAGGUGGCCACUUGGUACAGGGAAUUAAAGGAGAGCUUCAACUAUGGCCUGUUUUGCCCGCCGGUAAAUGGGAAAGCUGGAAAAUUUCUGGACGAGGAACGUCGUCUUGGAGAUUAUCCCUUCAACGGACCAGUCGGCUACUUGGAGCUCAAAUACAAGAGACGGGUCUACAAGAUGCUUCACCUCGAUGAGAAGCAGCUCAAGGCGAUGCAUACGAGGACGAACCUCAGGAGGUUGCUGGAGUAUGUUGCUAAUAGUCAAGUCGAAAAAAUAGCCAAAAUGUGUAGCAAGGGGCUGGAUCCUAACUUUCAUUGCCAGGAAACGGGAGAAACACCAUUGACCCUAGCAACAGCACUGAAAAAACCCUCAAAAGUGAUAAUAGCCCUGGUUAACGGUGGUGCACUAUUGGACUAUCGAACAAAGGAGGGUCUCACGGCAAUGCACCGCGCCGUUGAGAGGAACAGCCUCGAGGCCGUGAAGACCCUACUUGAGCUCGGUGCAAGUCCAAAUUACAAAGACACCAAAGGUCUAACACCCCUCUACUACAGUGUCAUUUAUAAGACAGAUCCAAUGCUCUGUGAAACAUUACUCCACGAUCAUGCGACAAUUGGUGCUCAGGAUCUUCAGGGAUGGCAGGAGGUUCAUCAGGCAUGCCGUAACAGUCUCGUACAACACCUUGAUCAUCUUCUCUUUUACGGUGCCGACAUGAACGCUCGCAAUGCAUCAGGAAAUACACCGCUUCAUGUGUGCGCUGUCAAUAACACUGAUGCAUCUUGCAUACGCCAGUUACUGUUCCGGGGAGCUCAAAAGGACAGCUUGAAUUAUGCGAAUCAAACCCCCUACCAGGUUGCUGUAAUUGCUGGUAACAUGGAGCUAGCGGAAGUUAUCAAGAAUUAUCAGCCUGAAGAAGUUGUACCAUUUAAAGGACCACCACGCUACAAUCCGAAGAGACGUUCAGUUGCAUUUGGUGGAAUGACAACAAGCUGUUCAGCAAGUAAUUUGGGUACACUCACGAGGAUACCAUCGGCCAUUGAUACACCCUGUGGCACAUUAACAAGGACAAUAUCAGUUGAUCAGUACUCAUCAUCAGGAACACUCAGUAGACUGCCCAUUAGUGAAAUAAGCAAUACAAGCAGUUCGAGUAGAACACCGUCUACGGAUAAUCGUAACUCGUGUGCAACAAUGAGUAGAGUUAUGGAGCAUUAUGCUGGGAUAAGCGAAUCACAUCACAGCAGUUUAAAUCGUGUACCGUCCAUUGAAUCACACAGACCUGACUGUGAAAAUUUACAGAGAAUACCGUCCGAACAGCAGCUAUCAGGGGUUAAGGGACAUCAGUUACAUACAGCAAUCAGCAGAAAUGAACAUCUGCAGAAUAAUAUUAAUCGAUUACCGUCCGAAUAUCAAACGCCAGCAUUGCGGGAUCCAAAUCCGAGAUCACCAAAUAUCGAGCACUAUCAAAACUUGAGAAUAGAGGGUUUGACGAGACUCCAGGAGCAUCGUAUCGAGCUUCAGCACAGACUUGAUAUCCACGGACGUACCAUGGAUAUGCCACCAUCACCGUCUCCAAGCAGUAGGAGUCUAGCGCCAUUCAGCUCAGCCAGUUCCAGCAUGUCUGAAGGUAGCAAUCAGCCGUCUGGUGAGGACUCUGCCAGCAUUGUCACAGAUAAAAGCCUGGGUGACACAGCAUCGGACGUCAUUAGCGACAGCUCGGGUGUCGGUACAUCACAGUCAGACACGACAAACUCACUCUCCAUUCCUGGGACAACGGUUGUCUGCGUUGAAAGUUAUAGCAGUGGAAUUGCAGGACAUCUGGCCAUCAACCAGGGCGACAUUCUUGAAGUCACUGGAGCGACAGAUUGUGGACUUCUGGAGGGCGUACUCCGGGGUCAAGGCACAGGACUAUUUCCCGCUCAUUGCGUGCAGGAAGUGAGGCUUCGACAUACCAAUAUACCACUGGGCCAUCAGCUGGCGCGUGAGGGUCGCAACAGGGUCCUGGGACGGAGGGAGUCCCAGCACAAAUAUUUCGCCACGGCGCCAAGGUUGAAGAAGCCUGUUUCUAUGUGCAGUGUCACAUCGGAACCCCGCACAGUAAUCCUCCACCGUUCGAGAAAGGGUUUCGGUUUCAUCCUCCGUGGUGCGAAAACGACACCAUCAAAUUUCCUAGGACUAACCCCCGCUGCUCAGUACCUCGAUGACGUAAGUCCCGGAGGUGUUGCAGAUUUAGCAGGCCUCCGUAAAGGAGAUUUUUUAAUACAAAUAAAUGGUGAGGAUGUGACGACAGCUUCCCACGAGCACGUAGUGGAUCUAAUAAGAAAGUCAGGUGAAUUAGUGAGGAUGACAGUAGUCUCUCCCGUCGUGAGUCUUCCAAAUUCACAAUCGGCAGCAGCCCUGCCGACUAGUCAACCAAAUCAAAGGCAAUAUGCAACAUUGCCACGUAAAGGUAGUAAUAAUGUGCCAAUGAGCGGUACCCUGGGGCGUUCUCCAGCCCCAAUGCCUCCAAGAAGAGACCCCAAAACGACUCUCAGUGUUGGACGAGCUCGAGCUCGUUCCAUGGUAGCAGGACUAGAAGGAGGUGGAGAAAAAGAUGAUCGAGAUGAUAUUGGAUCGACUGGAGGUAAAUCCAGCAGUGCUGAAUCCAUUCAUAUGCCUCAGGGGCCAUCAACCGGACCAAACACAGGGCAAAAUACCCCUGUGCAGCCCAGAACUGCCAGCAUUCGAUCUCGACCCACCUCUAGCAGAAUUACAGCUGCGGAACUUCAGGAAUUGUUUCAACGACAGCAGGGGAGUGUCACCAGCCAGUAUGGCACAACCAUGAGUUCUCACUUUCAGAGUGACACGACUACCAAGUCACAUCCAUCAUCACCAGCCAAAACAGGCCGGGUCUACGCUAGCGUCGCUGAGAUGAAACGAAAGGGCAAAUCGAGCUCAAGAGUGCGCUUCUUCGGUGGUCUGGGAGGGGGUUCUGAUCUCCAUCGAGACUUCCACAGUACUCCAGACCUCAAUAUUCAAGGACAAUCAGCAAUACUCGCACCUAAGGGCCAUCGUAGUCAAGAGGAUGUGAAUGCUCUCGGUGGUAGAAAUGGUUUACCACCGCCCAAUCAUCCUCCACCACCUCCACCAGUCGGUCAAGUUAUUAAAGUCAAUAUUGGUGCCAAUGUACCAGAUGUUGUUACUCCAGCCUCAGUAUAUGAUAACAUGGCGCAUAUACAACAAGUCAAAGAAUUGGCCGCAGCAUCACUGGAGAGUAAUUACGGUGUAAUGUCGAGCUUCCGCCCCUCAAACAGUGCAAAACUGUACGCCUCCCCGGAAGACAUGAAGACCGUUGGUUAUCGCUCGCACAGUUUGCCCGUGAAUUCAUCGAGAUCGCAUCUCCGCAAGUCCCACAGUCUCCGAACCCCCAACAAUACGACAUUCAAGCCACCGAAUGGCCAACAACAGGCUAACGGCGUUGGUAGCUCAAACAAUGGCUCAAUGAACGGUAACACUGGCAACCAAUAUGCCCAGCCAUUAAAAACCAAUCGAAGUCACAGUAUGACAGGUGGUCGUGAAUCAAAAAAGAAGAACAUCUCCACAAGUUCCUCUGCCUCGAAUUUAUCAGGAGCUGCAGUGCCACCGAUUCCCGAGCCCGACUACAGUCUAUCAGAAUCCGAGAACGACGAGGAUGACGAGGAAUUUGAGAUGGGAGAGGCAGAAAUAGCCAAGGAACUUGAAAAGGCAGCUGCUCGCGAAAAAUUGGAGUCGACAAGGGAAACCUCUGGCAAUUCGAACGCCUCAGGAAGCAGUUCCUCAGGCAGUAGUUCCCUCCCCCACUCCUUCAGUGUCGAGGAGAUCCAAAAAGUCAGGACCCAGUUGAAAUCCUCAAAGAGCCAUCCCAACGAAUUUCUCCUGAGCCAACAGACGCAACAAUUAGUCGAAGACGGCGAUAACAGCUCCAGUGGCGUCAGCUCCGACCAGGACGUGCCAGUUGGCCCUCCGACAGGCUUCGAUGAUCCCUCCAGAAACGACAAUGCCCAGUCCAUCGUCACUGACAAAGAAAACAAUUCAAAACGAAUGAACUACAGCAGUGGAAUGCUCACGAGGCAUGCCGUCAGUCUGGCCCAAUUACCACCCCCCAUUGAAGCUGAGACUGAAGACCAGAAUAACGAUUUAUUCGUACCACCACCCCCCGAGUUCAAUGCCGGGCCAUCCGGCAAUGGGGAUAAUGAGCUUGUUUUUGCACCACCACCACAAUUUUCUGAUAAUCGACAGCAGCAAAAUCGUGUUAAAAUUAUUGGAGCGAUACCAAAGGUCGGGAACAAUCAGGUUAAACCACCCACGGGACGUUUGCACAGCCAGUAAACAAUAACAACCCAACAAAUCAGUGCUUAGAAUCUUUUUUUUUCUCCUAUUUUCCCCCUUUUAUCUACUUUCAUGCAUGAGUUGAGACAUUGUGAAAUUACUGUUCGGUCAAUCCGGCCUAAUUAGACAGCGGAAAAAAUCAUAGAAACGAAAACAAUUCCAUUAUCGUGCGUAGCUCAAAGUCAUCAUUGAUCCAUUGAGUAUAAAAAAUGCGCAUGAUCGUCUGAUAAGUGCGUGAGUAAAGUGAGAACUUGUUUUGUAUUACUUCCAUUCUUUUUCUACAUUUCUAUCCUAAUCAACAGCUUUUUUAUCACUAUAAUAUUCUAAACAAUGAGGAGAAUAUUUGUAUUUAUUAUUGACAAUGAAGGUAACAAAAUAGGAAAGACGCUGAAAUAAAGAAACGAAUUUGUGCUUUUCAUCAAUAUCAAUGUGGCUUCAUGAUCAGUGUUUUUCGAAGGAAGAAAGGAAAAAAAAUACAGAAAAUCUGUGCAUGGCUCCAAUGGUUGAAUUCCUAGCACUGCGUCUAAGCUUCUUCGACGAUUUCCCAAUUGAACGUAUCAACAACUCACGUUUCAUCCCCUAUCAAUUAAUUUUAUAUUCAUUUUCUUGUAACUAGAAUACUACUACUGCUCAAAAGCCUAAUUAUGUAAAUCUACUCACAAAGUCAUUAGAGAUUGUUGAUAAUUUUAACAAUGUAUUAUUAGUUCUUAUUAGUUUAUUAUAAAUUACAAUUGAUGCGAGAAGAAAGCCAAGUAAAUGAUAAUUGCGAAUAAAUGUUGGUGAAUUAUAAUGAUGAGGAAAUUGCACCCACCAUAAUCGACUUGUAAGAUAGAUCAUAUUCCUUCCAUUUCUCGAUAAACAAAAUAAAAAAAACGGGCAUCUCUGGGAAACUGCGGGGUUUUAGAAAUUCCCACUAAUUGUUUUUUAAAUUUAAAUUAUAAACAAAAAAUUGUAUAACCAAGGUAUAUGUCCUCGAAGGUGUUAUCAUUAAAAUGUUCUUCGUGCAAUUUAUUUUAUUGUAUAUAUAGAAGAAAGAUUUUCUCUGUAGCUGUCCUUGGUGAUAUUUUUUCGGUGUAAAAUGAUUUGUUUUCUGGAUCAAGGAGGGCAAGCUGAAACCUCUCGGCUCUCCCUUCCGAUGACAGUAUAACUACCAUUGUAUAUAUAACCAUUGCUACAUAUUUGAAAUAUCGAUUUUCAUUAAUUAACUAAGUUUAUUAUUAAUUAGUGAAAAAUUAAUUAAGAGAUAAUAAAUGAGAAAAAAAAGUUUCCAUUGAACGACGUCCUUCCUAAAUGAAAUCAUUUCUUAAUGCCUUUUGCAAAAAUAAGAAGUAAAAAAGAUAAACAAAUAUAAGAUGAAAAAAAUCACUGAAUUUAAAUAUUUACACAAAGUACCCGAGUAUUAAAGUAAGUCGCUGCGCAUGAGAACUCGUUGUAGAAUUCAUUCAAAGAUAGAUGUCGAUAUAGAAAUACUUGAUGCAACAACAAAAUUUAAAAUCAACAUUGUAAUUUAAUCCUAGAAUCGAAUUCUUCCCAGUCAUGUCAGUAUACAUCACCAAAAGCUAUGAAAAAAGCAAUACAUAAAUGUAUUAAAAUCACUCCCAGAUAAUCUGUAGUUUCCUCAGUUAUUUCGUUUCUUUCGCUCGUUUGUGAUUACUCCGAGCUCUAUUGUGCGAUGGCGAGAUGAAGAAUAUAUAGUUGCAACAUUCCUGCCAAAAGUAUAAUAUAAUAAUAUAUCGAAAUUGAAAAAAAACGUUGAAAAAUGAUAAGAUGUGGAAAUUGACUUAUACUGUAUCAAUAUCAUUUCUUUGUCAAAUGUUUUCUCUCAAGAUUCCACGCUACACCAUUAGUACGAAAUAAAAGAAAAAAUAACACUCCCCAUAUAGAAUUCAAUAUACUACACUAUAAAUAUACAUAGGUAAUUGAAUGUUUGAAAAAUUGAAAGAAAAAAGUCAUUGAAAACAAUUUGAUAAAUGAAUGCGAGAUAUACAAGUGAAAAUGUAUUUAUAUGAAGCACUCGUUCUUUUAUUUGGAUUUCUUAUCUGCUAAAUAUACGAAUUUACAAAGUUU